GUAACUCCAACAAUAAUGGCGUCUACAGUUGAUAUGGACUUUCCCGUUGAUGGUAUUUUACCGAAAAAAGAAACUGGAGCAGCAUCAUUCGUGAACAAAUACCCUGACUACGAUGGGAGAAACGUUUUGAUAGCAAUAUUAGACACCGGUGUUGAUCCAGGAGCUUCUGGACUACAAACAACAACAACAGGCGAGCCUAAAAUAAUUGAUCUUAUUGAUACAAGUGGAUCUGGUGAUGUUGACACAUCAACUGUGGUAGAGGUAAAAGAUGGCAGCGUCAGGGGUCUUACUGGGAGGACUUUAGUUAUACCAGAAGACUGGCAUAUAGAUGAAGGAAAGGUACAUCUUGGUGUGAAGAAUGCCUUUGAACUCUACCCGAGGGUAUUGAAGGAUAGAAUGAUAAAAGAAAGGCGGGAGAAACUGUGGGACCCCAACAAUAGAGAUGCUAUAGCUGCAGCAAGUAAAGCGAUGGAAGAUUUUGAGGCUACUCACCCAAAUCCCACCAGUCAGGAAGAAAAACAGGAGAAAGAGAAUCUUCUGGCACAGUUGGAACUACUCACAGAUGCUGACAAGAAGUAUAAUGAUUGUGGUCCAGUCUAUGAUUGUGUUGUCUUUUACGAUGGUGAUACUUGGAGAGCAUGUGUUGACACGAGUGAGGAAGGCAAUUUGUCACAGUGUAAAGUAUUAGCAAGUUACAGAGAGGAGAGACAGUAUGGAACCCUGUCAAAUGAUGAUAUGAUGAAUUACAGCAUUAAUAUAUACAAUGAUGGAAAUGUGCUGGAGGUAGUUUGCAAUACAGGUUCUCAUGGCACCCAUGUAGCUUGUAUAGCUGCUGGUAACUUUCCAGAGAACCCAGAGAGAAAUGGAGUGGCCCCUGGGGCCCAGAUUAUUGGCAUAAAAAUAGGGGACACUCGUAUUGGCUCCAUGGAAACUGGCAGUGCCCUAGUCAGAGCUAUGAUCAAAGUGAAGGAGUACAAGUGUGAUCUUGUAAACUACAGUUAUGGCGAGGCUUCUCAUUGGUCAAAUUCAGGGAGAGUUUGUGAUGUUCUCAGUGAAAUGGUCAACAAGCAUAAUGUGAUAUUUGUGUCGAGUGCAGGCAACAAUGGUCCAGCCCUGUCCACAAUGGGUACACCUGGAGGAACAACAUCAGCCCUGAUAGGGGUCGGCGCUCAUGUUACUCCAGCAAUGAUGGCUGCAGAGUAUUCUCUGAGAGAAAAACUGCCACCUAUGCACUAUACAUGGUCUUCCAGAGGUCCAACUGCUGAUGGUGCUUUAGGGGUCAGUAUAAGUGCCCCAGGAGGGGCCAUAGCCUCAGUACCAAACUGGACGCUAAAGGGAUGCCAGCUAAUGAAUGGGACUAGUAUGAGUUCACCUAAUGCUUGUGGUUGUAUAGCCUUGGUUCUAUCUGGAUUGAAGGCCAGUAAUGUAGAAUAUAACCCAUAUAGUGUGCGAAGAGCAUUACAAAACACAGCCAAACCAGUAGACGGAGUAGAAGUAUUUACAAUGGGACAUGGGCUAGUACAGGUAGAGAAAGCCUAUGAGUAUUUACUAGGACACUGUAAAUCUGCAGAAAGUAAAACUGAGUUCAAUAUAAGCUGCUCUGGGAAUGGUCGUGGAAUUUAUAUACGAGAGCCGCUGGAAUUAGAAAAGCCUUUAGUUGUAGCUGUUUCUAUAGAACCUGUACAGUAUGAGGGAAUUACAGAGAAGGAAGAAAAGAUCUCAUUUUGUAUGCAACUUAAUCUCACCUGUGAUGCUUCCUAUGUGCAGUGUCCAUCACAUCUUGAGUUGAUGAACACCACUCGCUCAGUUUCUGUUAAAGUGGAUCCUCGGGGUCUUCCAGAAGGUGUUCAUUACACAGAAGUUUGUGCCUAUGAUGUGACCUGUGUAGAGAAAGGACCUGUGUUCAGAAUACCAGUUACAGUUGUUGUACCUGCAAAAGUGUCAGAUACCAUGAACCACGAAGUACAAUAUAAGGAUAUGAGUUUUAAACCUGGACAGAUUAGAAGACAUUUUUUACAUGUACCAUCUGGAGCUAGUGUUGCAGUGUUACGAGUGAAGUCAAAAGACACAGAGAAGAGCUGCCGUAUGUUAUUACAUACAAUACAGUUGAUACCUCAAUAUCAGUAUAAAAAGUACGAGUUUGAAAAAUUUGUCAAUAUAUCUGAUAGAGGGGAGACAACUCAGGCUUUUCCUGUUGUGGGUGAUCGGACAAUAGAAGUAUGUAUAGCUAAAUGGUGGGCAAAUAUAGGCGAUGUUAAUCUAGACUAUAGUGUUACAUUCCAUGGCGUUAAACCAUCUUCAAGACAAAUCACUGUUCAUGGUGGAGAUGGAGUUUGCAGAUUUGAACUCAGGUCUCAUCUCAAAACAGAAGACAUUAGUCCAUCAGUGUCCUUCAAAACCCUCACACAACCACUCAGACCUACAGAUAGUAAAGUACGGUGUCUGGCAGGGCCUCGUGAUCAGCUCCCAGAGGGUAGACAGAUUUAUGCCCUAGAGUUGACAUAUGGCUUCCAUGUGAGUAAAUCAACUGAAGUGACUCCUGACCUCUCUCUGCUGAGUGACCUGUUGUAUGAAUCAGAGUAUGAAGGUCAACUGUGGAUGUUGUUUGACAGCAACAAACAGCUGCUGGGGACAGGGGAUGCAUACCCGCACCAGGUUAAAAAACAUUAUAAUGUCAAACUUGAGAAGGGAGAUUAUACGGUGCUAGUGCAAGUUAGACAUGAUAAGAAAUCAAUGCUGGAUAAACUGAAAUCUGUGAUAUUGUUAAUACAACACAAGCUGUCAAAUCCGCUCAACUUUGACCUGUAUGGUAGCUGGCAAGCAGCUCUUGUCUGUGGUAAAAAACUGAAUUCCACAUCACUGAAAAAGACAGAACUCUUCCCUAUGUUUACAGCUCCUUUACCAGAUGACAAAAUACCAAUGGCCAAAACAGCUUCUCCAGGCUGCUACCUCUCAGGAACUCUCACUACUCUUAAAGAUGAGCCUGCCAAAAAAGCAAGUGCAAUACCAUUCAAGUAUGUGAUCACAGAAGCCCCAAAGAAGAACAAUAAUAAGUCCAAUGGUAAAGAUAAAGGUGAGAAGAACAAGGACAAAACCAAGGAGGAGGAGUAUACUGAGGCACUUAGAGAUCUUAGAAUCUCCUGGUUAUCCAAACUGGAGAUAGGUCAUCCACUGUUUGAAGAGCUAAGGUCACAAUAUGAGGACCAUCUCCCACUGUAUAUAGCCAGACUGCAAGCUCUAGACUCCGAAAAGGAAAGAGAGAAAUAUGUUGCAGAGAUAAUGGACUUGAGCAAGUAUAUACUGUCUAAGAUAGACCAGACAAGUGUUCUUGCUUACUUCGGUAUGAAGACAGACAACAGCACUGAUGCCACUACAGUCAAGACUGAUAAAGAGGAGAAGAAAUCUCAAGUUCUAACAGCGUUACUGAAACUUGGUACGGCUCAAGCUGAUGUUAUCCUCAAUGACUGGAAUAUAGAAUCAUGUUCUGUAACUGAUGAAGACCUGGAUAAAACAAUGAUAGAGAUUGCCAAAUGGACUGAUACUAAUGAUGCCAAGGUUUUGCCAUUGAGUAUUAAACAUGCUAUGGUUCAUAGACAGUAUGGUAGAGCAUUGAAAAUGUCACUUAAACAACUUGAAGACAAACCAAACAAAGAUAUGGAACAGAAAAUCAUAGAGCUGUAUGGGAAGAUAGGCUGGGAUCACUGUGCCAGACAUUUUUCUAACUGGAUCCUUGUGAAAUAUCCAGGAAGUUACAGACCAUUCUAGAUUAUCAAUGGAACAUUUAAUAGGAAAUAAGUUCUGUAAUCCUUAUUACACCUGUCACACCACAGAGUUGACCAUAGCAUUGUGAUUCUUUAUUUCUUUUAUUUUUAACGGGACAUUCAAAUAUUUGAGGAAUUUUUUUAAAUGGCAUGGCAAUAUGUAAAACAGUUAAUUUAUGGAAAGCAAUAGAAAGGAUCAUAUUUAAUGGGGGAAAAAGAAGAGGAUUAUAAGAGAAAAUCGCAACCCGAGACAAUUCAUUUUCCAUGCAGUUACAGGAACUUGGUGCGCUUUCAAUAUUCAAUAUUUUAAAUGUAUGCCACUUCCUUAUGGAUUUAUGUACCAUAAGUUUUUUUGUUAUGUGUAUUUUCAAGGAAAUUUAUUCGAAGUACAAAUAUCAGUUUCUGUCAGAAAUGUCCUUUAUUUACCAAACAUUUAACAAAAAUAUCCACAAAGCUUAUAAUCCUCAAAAUAUUUACUUGAAAUAGCUAAUGAGCUUUAUUACAUUAACUGGCACUUUUUCAUGGAUUACUACCUUCUCAUUGCUUUCUCUGUAUUAAGACCAGUUUCAGGCCCCAGUUUCACUAAAAAAGUUAAAUAAUAACUUAGUUAAAUCUGUCAUUUUAAAAUCGUGCUAUUGCUUAAGUUAUUGUUAUUUAAAAUUGAUUUCUGUAACUCUACUAUGAUUAGUAAUAUUUAUUUGCAGUACCUAUUUCAGUCACGCAAAUAUGAUUUUUAGCUCGACUAUUCAUAGAAUAGUAGAGCUAUUGGACUCGCCCAUGCGUCGGCGUCCGCGUCGGCGUCCGCGUCGGCGUCCGCGUCCCGAUUUGGUUAAGUUUUUGUAUGUAAGCUGGUAUCUCAGCAACCACUUGUGGGAAUGGAUUGAAACUUCACACACUUAUUCACUGUGAUAAACUGACUUACAUUGCACAGGUUCCAUAACUCUGUUUUGCUUUUUUACAAAAUUAUGCCCCUUUUUUGACUUAGAAAUUUUUGGUUAAGGUUUUGUAUGUAAGCUGGUAUCUCAGUACUCACUAAUGGGAAUGGAUUGAAACUUCACACACUUGUUCACUGUCAUGAUCUGACAUGCACAAAGCAGGUCCCAUAACUUUAUUUUGCUUUUUUACAAAAUUAUGCCCCUUUUUCAACAUAGAAAUUUUUGGUUAAGUUUUUGUGUGUAAGCUGGUAUCUCAGUAUCCAUUAAUGGGAAAGGAUUGAAACUUCACACACUUGUUCACUGUCAUGAUAUGACAUGCAGUGCAAAGGGUCAAUAACUCAACUUUGCAUUUUACAAAAUUAUGCCCCUUUUUCAACUUAGGAGUUUUUGGGUUAAAUUCUUAUAUGUAAGCUGGUAUCUCAGUACCCACUAAUGGGAAUGGAUUGAAACUUCAUACACUUGUCCACUGUCAUGAGCUGAUAAGCACUAUGCAGGUUCCAUAACCCUAGUUUACUUUUUUACUAAAUUAUGCCCCUUUUUCGACUUUCUUAUUCAUUCAAGCGACAAGGCUGUUAAAUAGUCGAGCGUUGCUGUCCUCCGACAGCUCUUGUUCUAUUUAAGCAUGAUCUAACAAAUUUAAGUAAUUGCUUUAGUUUAUUUCUUAUUUCUGUUCUUUGUUUUUCUGUAAAAUUCAGAAUUGUUGUGUUUGAUCAAUGAAAUAGUCAUAUAUGGUUCUGAUAUAGAUGAAAAAAUCAACGUUGAAGAUGCAUAAAGGGCUUAAACAAGCAUUUGAAGUAACAGGUUUAGCUUAGCAAUUACUAAAGUUUUUCCAUUAUAUUAGGGCGAGGAUCUCUUGUAGGGGGGUGGGUGGGGUUGGAACUAUGCUCUAUAUCAAAAGUUUAUACCAAUCAGAUAUUUUUGUAGCUUUUCAUAACUGCUAUGUACUUAUAUAAGGAAACUUUACAACAGUAUUGACAACUGAAAUGAAACAAUUUUUUCCUCUGUAUUUUUUAUUUAGAGCAGAGCAACAAACCUCAUAGAUAAUUUGGGAUGUGAUGUUGCAUAUUAUAAUGUUAAUCAAAACUAGUUCUGUAUCUAAAUGACAUUGUUUUGACAAGAGGCAAUUUGUGUAUAUUUGGGAUAAGAUGAUAGGUUGCACAAGCGAAAAAUUGCUACGCUUGAAACUUGAUGAUUCAGUGAGAAAGUCCCAACUGAUGAGAAGUAGGCACACUUGCUCACAGUUUGGUAAAAAAAUCAGUUUCUUCAUCUGCACAGAAUGUGAUAGGAUAUGAUCCAUUUUCUCAAUCACCAUAAUCCUUUGUAAACAUUAUUUGUUGUACUUCAGGUGAAUACUAAGUUUAAAAUGUUCAAGCUGCAACUUUUUUUGUAAAUUUGGCCCAAAUGCCCAGAAGUAUUAACAUACUGAAAAGUAACACAUUUUCAUAUUAGUAUGUUGCCAAGCAGAUAGAGAAGUUAUAAACAUGUUUGUAGCUGCCACUAAGUAGAUAAAAUCGACUGAAAAAUGAAGACAAAAUAUGAAAACUCAAGAUUGUUUAUGAAAAUACCAGCAGAAAGAAACAUACCUUACAAAAGUGUCCAACAGAGAAGUUUCUAUAAGGACUUUCUUAAAUGCAGUAGAAAAUAAAGGUUGCCUUGUCACUUCUUGUUCUGUUCCAACUUGAUUAUCUCUUUUAGUCAAGGAAAAAGAUAUAAAGUGCAAUUAAUUUAUCUAAUAAAAAUAACAUCACAGUUCUCACAUUGUUUCCAGCUAAUCUUUUUCUGUAUCAGAAAAAUAGAGAAAAAAAAUUGUGUUUUCUAACUAAGUUUUACUAUUUCAACAUGUUUACACUCUCCAACACACCCAUUAUUUUAGCUGAAAACAAGCAAUAGUAUGCUAAAAAUGCAACAGAGAAAAGGAACAGACAAUUUUACUUAGAAGAGGCAAGAGGAAAGAAAAAAAGAUUUGGACUUGUUAUAUUUGAACUACAUGUAAAUAGAUAUGCGUUGGCUUACAUUUGAUUAGGUAUCAACCAGAUUUUACAAACAAAUUUUGAGGGGACAUCAUUUUAUUCUCCAAUAAGUUACUUGCAAUUUGCAGUAAAACCUGUUUUGUUUGUUGAGAUGCCUUUUUCUCUGGAAGAAACACUUGCUUAAAAGGUUAUAGAUUAUUUUGGUGUCACAUGCCUGUAAUACAACACAGCUUUUAAGUAUAGUUUAACUCUUAUGCUGGACACGAUUGAUUCGCAACCAGUGUAGAUCAUGAUCAGCCUGCACAUUUGUGCAGUCUGAUCAUGAUCUGCACUGUUUGCCAUUCAGUCGGUAUCUUUUUGGUAAGCACCCCUUUUAGCAGUAAAUGGUACUGUCCAAAUUGAAAGAUGGACAAGUUCAAAGGGUUAAAGACAGAUGCUUUGAUUCGCUUUACUUGACCUGUAUAUGUACAAUAACUAACACAUUAAAGUACGUCCUAAAUGUCUGAAAGCAUUGUCACAGAUCUGGAGGUGUGCCUCUUAAGGUUCCAAGUGCAGUUUUUUGAUCUCUCGACCAGACAAUUGUUGAGAAACAUGUUUAUAACAUGACUAGUGAAAAUAAUAGCAUGUUCUUGAAAAAUGUAUACACUUUGAAAGAUAAAGUUUGUUUUAAAGAUAAUAUUGAAUAUUUCUACAAAGUUGUCCUUUCUGUUAGUUUUUACUUUUGAUUUUAAAUUAAUAAAAGAGUGUUUAUAUAUAUGGUAGAUGCUCUGAAUUUAAGUUAUGAAAAAUAAGGUCUUGCUUGGUGCCUACUUCAUCAGUUAUAUGGUGUAGACACUGCAGUUAUAAAUUAAUUUUGUGCAUGGGAAAAGUGAUAAAUUAGAUUUUAAGCUAUAGAAAAACAGAUGUAAAUUUUUUAAUACCACAGAAGCUGUUCCAUUAAACGAUAUUUGGUUCAGUGUUACAUGUAGUUCAAUAAAAUGCGUUUCUUUGCUAUAGAUCUAUAUUAUUUAUAUUUUUAUACGUUCUAUAUGUGAAGUAAGAGAAUUGAUGAAAUAUGAUAGCACUCCUGUUUGUUUCUAUAUGUAGGUCUGCUUGAUGUCGCUGUUGGCAUGUAUAAUUGAAAAUAAACAUGAUUUGUCACAUUA